ACGCUUCGAGAGUCGACCGCUGCCAACAUCGCACAUGCUACCUUGCUGUAUGUAUGUGCAGAGUCUGGAUCAGAAAUAUACGAUUUUGUGAUCUUGUAUCUCUUUUUUCUCACUGUUUCGAUCGCUCGACCGAUCGAUUCAUUGCUGAAGGAGGACUCUCGCAUCGCAUCGGAAUUUCUGACCAGGCUUCCAAGGCUCCCGCCACACUCAUGCGAGUUCGUGCAUGAUCAAGAGCGUCGUUUUUUUGCCAACUUUUUUUUCGCUCUUUAUAUCAAGAUUAUCGUCCGCUCUUUUUUCAUAUCUUCUGGAUUAUUCGCUUGUUCUUCCAACUAGCUUCUCUCACAAGUCUAGACGUCACUCGCUAGAUCUUUGACUAUUACAACACAAUGUUCAAACGUUCUUUUACCAAGUACCGAGUAGACAAGGCUGUGAAGCCUACCAAGAAGACCUAUCGUGACAAGGCGAAGGAGAAGAUGGAGGAGUCUUUGGACAGUCCGCCUACGGGGAGCCCCCUCACAAGCCCCAUCGUUACCAUCGUUGUGGGCCAUGAGCGGCGUCUUUUUGCUGCCCAUGAGGAUGUCCUCUCCCGAUCUGCCUUCUUUGAAGCUGCGUUGAAGGACCAGUUCCUGGAACCCAACGGAAAGAAGGUGGACCUUCCAGACGAAGAACCAGAGGUAUUAUCCUGCAUCCUCGAGUUUCUCUACAAAGGUGACUAUUUCCCGCGUUUGCUUCAGCACAAACGCCGUCACACCUGGGAGCUCGAAGAUGCCCAGGACGUUCAUAAAACCGGUGGCCGAGGAUCCAGUAUGGCUACUAUCUUUCAUUCCGGAUUGGGUGCUGAACUUCUUCGAGACACCGUAGUUUACUGCGCGGCAGAGAAGUACGGUCUUGAGGAGUUGAAGCAUCUAGCUCUUCGGAAACAGGGCCUUCAAAGCGGUAUCCCUGUGGAUAUCAUUUUGAGGUCUGCCCGGUUUGCGUACGAGCAUACACCGGAUACUGAAUCGCGACUCCGUGCUCAUUAUUUAGCACUGAUCAUUCGAAGCCGCAAGACAUUCAAGAGAAGCGGGACUAUGCAAUUGGAGAUGGAAAUUGGAGGUAAAUUGUUUUUUGAUCUGUUUGUGGCUAUGAGCAAUCAUAUCGAUGAUAUUGUGGAGAUUGGCAACAGCCGAUCGCCCAAGUUCAUCUGACGUUAGAUUGUUUCAAAGCUUUACAGACAGAUCACACGAUUGGAUAGUGAGUGUAUUAAUCAACAGAGAGGAUAGGAUUAAACUCGACCAGAAUGGCAGGAUAACCAAGAAAUAACUUUGGGGUUCUUCUCUUGCUUCCAUGCAACAUCUACUCUUUCGUUUCUUCGAGGUUGGCCGCCGUUCUUAUGGUUUGAGUGAAACCAUUCUUUACUACUAUUAAUAUCCUUCACUCCUUGACGUUGCUUUUGCUUUUUGUCGAAGCUGAAUAAUUUACCAGAUAGUUUUUGUUCCCUUUUGAUUCUCUGCGAGAAUCUUUUUCCACGUACACGCAGAUUGCACGCUUGUUUUCCUAUACUUGCUUUUUGCUUGUACUCCGCUUUUGUUGACUACUGCUGCUCAUCGCGCCUUGAUGUGGUAGUAUCUGUACAAUACUUCCCGGCUGCGAGAGCCAUUUGUGAUAUGAUCAUUGCGAGUUAACUACAAUCAAGAAACCUUCGGCCGCCUCAAUAUUUUCUUUUUGGUCCUUGGAUUUGGCCACUCGUAGUCUGACAUUGAUACAACUUGCCGG